UUCUAUUUUAAUGUUAUAGAUUUGGCCGUUCGCAUAUUUUAUAUGAGAAGCCAACAAAACAAAACAAGGAAAUUAUCAGACUUCUGUUGUUUUCUUUUUCUAUCAAGAGAUCGAAAGAUGUCGAAAGCAAUGGACAGGAUGGAACCGUCGGGGUUCAGAGGAGGCGGGGUGGCCGUAUUUGAGCUGUCUCCGAUUAUCUCCGACGCGAAGGCGGAGGAAGCCAAUUGGUGUAGUUCAACGUCCACGUCAUCGAUCGGGAGGAACAGCGAUCUGUCGAGGAGAUCGUCGUUGGAGGGAGAGGAUGGAGGGGAGAAUGAGGUUCAGAGCUCUUAUAAAGGACCCCUGAAUAUGUUGGAUUCAUUGGAGGAAGUUUUACCCAUCAGAAGAGGGAUUUCUAGUUUCUAUGGUGGGAAAUCAAAGUCCUUCACAAGUUUAGCAGAAGCUUCAUCAACAAGCUCAAUCAAGGACAUUGCAAAACAAGAGAAUGCAUACACAAGAAGGCGCAGAAAUCUACUUGCCAUCAAUCAUGUGCGGGACAAGAGCCGAAGCAAUGGUUGCGGGAUAUCAAAGCGGCCAAUCAUCUCUAGCCGGAGCACCUUAGCUCUGGCGGUGGGGCUGAGCAGCUCUGAGAGCAUAGCUAGUACAAGUGAUGAUUCCGCUUCAAGGUCUCCGCCACAAUUGCCGCCCCGGCAUCGUGGACCACAGUCUAGAGGGUCUUCUCGGCGGUCAUAUUCUGUGGUGGAUUUACAACGAUGUACAACUGAUGUAGCCUCAAAUUCAUUUUGAUGUUUGGCUAGUGAGAAAACUGACAUUUGUACAGGCGAGAAUGGAGUUUACUGAAAAAGUUUGUGGAUGCAUGGCGUUUGUUCAUGCUCCUCUUUACGCUAAUUGGUUUUAGUUGUAAUAGAAGGUGAAGAGCAAUUGAAGCUCUCACCUUGUCAAUUCUGAAUGUAAACAUCUUGUUAAGAAAACUUGUUGCUUGUUUUGAA